ACGUGAAUUAAAAAUAAUAGGCAACUUAGAUUCUUCUAUAAUCAGAUGUAGAUGUAAUACCUUCAUGUCGGAUAACAACUUUACUUUGAGCAGUUUCAAAUUUAUUACAUGCAGGGCUUAUAGAUAUUUGUGAAUAUGAAGGCGUAGACAGUGGAGAUGGAGCCCAUUCAGGAGCAGUUUCAUCUUCUAUAAAUUUACACAUUUUUUUAAAUUCUGUUGUUAAUCUGCUCAAAUCUAUUGCAGAUGUAUUGCUUGUAUUAUCAUCAUCAUGUAUAACAGAUUCUUCAAUGAUGGUUAAGAGCUUCUCAAAAUAUAAUGUUAAAAUAUUUGAAAAAAAAUAUAACCUUCAUGGAUACAAAUGAAACAGAAUCAAAUGCAUUUUUUUCUAAGACUUAUGACACAAAAUAUAUAAGAUUUGUAAAUAAAGUGCUAAAAGAGUCAGCUGCCAAUAAUGUACUAUUAAAUCUGUAUAAUAUUUUUGGUGGUGUAUUUGAGAGGGCAUUAGAAUUGUAUGAAGGGAAACGUAUUACUUAUAUUUUUCCUUCUAAAACUGUUGGUGCUCCACCUGAUAGUGAUAGAAACAAAGCCAGAUAUUUAGUACAGGUCAAAGGAUUGUCAGGAGCAACAUAUACGCUUUUUCCAGAUAUAAACUACUGUCACUGUGCCUCCUUUAGUUUCAAAUAAAGAACAUGGAUUCUGAAGGAAAUUAUAAAUUAGUUGCAAAAUUAGGAAAUCUUAAAACCAUAGUAUUGUUACUAAAAGCAAUUAAUUUUGAAGAGAGUGCCACAUGUUUUGGAACUAAGAAUGGCUUAAAAUUAACAGUAGAAGAUGCAAAAUGUAUGCAAGCUAGUGCUUACAUUGCAGCUGAUGUGUUUCAAGUGUUUGAUUUAAAAGAAGAUGUAAUUUUUAGAAUAAAUUUAAAUAUAUUAGUGGAGUGCCUUUGUAUGUUUUGGAGCAAUAUAAAUACUCAAGCAAGUUCUGUGGCCUUACAUCUUUUCUAUGAAGGUGAUGGACAUCCUUUAUCAAUUCUUAUAGAGGAAGAUGGUAUUAUAACAGACUGUUCUUUGAAAACUCAGACUCCUGAUGAAUUAUUAGAUUUUCAUCUUGAACCAGAAAAUGUUGCAAAUAAAGUAGUUCUUCAAACUGAAUUGUUAAAAGAUAUUUUAUCAGAACUUGAUACAACUAGUGAUUUUAUUGAGCUACUUUUGUCACCUUCUCCACCCUUUUUUCGAAUCAGUACAGCUGGUUUGGCUGGAAUCUGUCAUAUUGAGUUACCCCAUGAUGGUGAAUUGAUUGAUAAUUUUCAAUGUCCAUCAACAACUACAUCAAGUUAUAAACUUUCACAUAUUAAACCAGCUAUAAAAGCACUGUCAUGUGCAAACAAAGUUUCAUUGAGGACUGAUACAUGUGGAUUAUUAUCGUUUCAAUAUAUGGUUAAGACUGAUGAAGGACAUGUUUGUUACAUAGAAUAUUAUAUUUCUCCAGUAAUAGAUCCUGAUGAAUAACUUGAUUUGAUGAAGCAGAUAGUGAGGUACUAAGAAAAUACUAAUUAAGAAAGUUUCAAAAUUUUUUUAUUUU